AUGGGCAAGGAAAAAGAGUCGAAAAAGAUCUCCAAGCAGUUCACCAGCAGCUCCGAAACUUCCCCUCGUGAAAAUCAACCGAUAAAUUUGCCGAACGAGCGUGGCGAAGAACCAGAUAAACGCCGCGCUAGAAGAAGAAAGGGGAAGCCAAGGGCGAUGAAGAAAAAUGACUGCUGCUCGAGCAUCAUCAAGUACGAUGCUGACGAACUUAUCGCCCUCUGGCGCCAAAAAGACUCUCAGAAAAUUCCCGAUCACGUGGAGCCCUUUUGCAUCGAGCAUCAAGCCGCAAAAGAAGACAAUGGUUUCAUCGUCGUCUUCCCGCUCAUCAAAAAGCCGCAGAAAAAAGGGCUGAAAUUUCCGGCCGAAAUCGAAAGCAUCCGAAGUGGAAUGAAAGAAACCGUCGUUGGACGUGCGAAAAACGCGUACAUGCGUCGACGACGAGCGAAAUUAGCGAAACAAGAGGCUGAAAAGACAGAGGCUGAAAGAAUGCUUCAAGAAAUCGGCAAUAGUGUGGCGGCUCAUCUUUGA